GUCAGCGACACAUGUAGAACUAGCAGCUAACGGGACCCGGAGAGCAGACUACAGAGGACAGUCAAUUACAGACUUACGCCUCCCUCUGAAAGCCUCGGUAUUCUCCUCCUCUGUCCUCCAAUCCUGUCUCUGUCUGUUUCCAAAGACGCACUUUUUCGGUUUGAGGACAUUACGACGCUGCUGAAGUGUAAUUAUAACGUCUUUGCAAUGGACUCCUUUUGUUCCGGCGAAAAAAAGAGCAGUGAAGCAGCAACAGUAAAACGGGAACCAUCCAGUGGAAAUACUAUCUGAUAACUCCAUUUGCUCGGCGUUGCGCUCUGUGCCACUGAACAUCGGAGCUCAAGUCUUUUUUUUCUUUUUUUUUCUCUUUUCUUUUUUUUCUCCUUGUCGCGCGGAGCUGGAGGCCGACCGCGCGCGCUAGUCUGUCCCCUUUUUACCUGUACUUUUUUUUUUUUUUUUUUUUCUUUUUUUUGGGACUGUCGUAUCCUACCUGUUUACCUGCAUUCAAGCCCCUCAACUUCACAACCAUUACACUUAAAAGAGACAAACGAGGGACAAUGGUGAAUCCGGGAGGCAGCAGCCAGCCACCGCCGGUGGGCACAGGUUCUCUGUCAUGGAAGCGGUGUGCAGGGUGCGGGGGCAAAAUCGCAGACCGUUUCCUCCUGUACACCAUGGACAGCUACUGGCACAGCCGAUGCCUCAAGUGCUCAUGCUGCCAGGCCCAGCUGGGCGAAAUAGGCACGUCAUGCUACACAAAAAGCGGCAUGAUCCUCUGUAGAAAUGACUACAUCAGAUUAUUUGGAAACAGUGGAGCUUGCAGUGCUUGUGGUCAGUCCAUUCCAGCCAGUGAACUGGUGAUGAGGGCACAGGGCAAUGUGUACCAUCUCAAGUGUUUCACAUGUUCCACCUGCCGGAACCGACUCGUCCCCGGGGACCGGUUCCACUACAUCAACGGCAGCCUGUUCUGCGAACACGACAGACCCACAGCACUCAUCAACGGCCAUUUGAGUUCACUGCAGACGAACCCGCUACUGCCUGACCAGAAGGUGUGUUAAGCGGGAGCUGUACAGGAAGCAGGAUGUGUGCCUUCAUUUUAGCCCUUACUCAUUGUCACCCGAGACAGAGUGGAUCAGCACCCCAGCCUUUCAGCUGUGCUCCCAGGCCCUUUUGCCCCAAAGGAAUCCUCUACCCAUCUUAACCAGUAACCUGACUUUUAUUUCUGCAACCCAUACCUAACGCUCAGCCUUCAGCCUUGGCUUUUCCCCAAAUAUGGGUGGAUACUUGCACUUAAUGCACCUGAAUCGGGACGCUGAGGACUCCACGACCCUGGAAUUUAAAAAAAAGGAAAGAAGGAGACCGAUCCAAGGGACUCUUGCGGAAGAGAAAAUGAAAUCAGAUGCAGAGGAUGUUGUGACUGAAGUGAGGAAAAGAGAAAAAGACUAAUGAGGUUAAAGAGAUGCAGACUUUUCAACUCUGCAACAUUUGUUAAAAGACGUUUUGGGGGAAAACCGGGAACUUUUCAUUUUUUUUUCCUCGCUUCCUUUUCUAUCUUCAUUUCCCAACAACAUGGUGUUUCCACUUUAUAUAUUUUAAGUGUUGUCAAAGGGGAAUGUUUUCUUUCUUUUGGUGGUAUAUAUAUAAAAAAAGAUGGGGUUUUAAAAAAAUCUGUGGCUUUUUGUGAAAAACAAAUCAUGAAAACACUCUUGGUGUAUUUGUAAAACUACCAUGUAUGUACAGUAUGCAUGUAAAUGUCGUUGUCCAGGCGUGGCUACAGUACAUCUGACCCUCCGCACUCAGCUCCAGUCUUUCCUCCUCCCCUCAAACCCUGAACCCAUGGCGAACAGAAGAAAGUUGCUCAUAGUCACUAAUGUAGAGAUCAUCACCAACAUAUAAAUGCUGAAUGAAAGAGAAAUUUAUUUGUGAUAUUUUCCGAGACAUUUGCUCCAGUAUGGUGUAUUUAAUUAAUAAAAAUAUUGAAGAUUUAAA